CAUAUUACAUUACACAUCCGAAACAUAGAUUUUUUUUUAGAGAUAGAUGAACUAGACGGAUUGUGAGAAACCCGACGCGGAAGAAUAUAUGGGAUGGACACGGUGGGCUCAUGUUGUAUACACUGCUUUUGGUGCUGAGUCUGACCACUGAUUGAUACAGUGUCAGGCGUUAAAAAAACGAACUAUCCAACAUGGAAUCGGAAAUAAAGUGUUUUACAAGCGAUCAUGUAUCCACUGAAGAACAGUCUAUUUGCGAUAAACCCCAGGAUGAGAUCAACAGCAACUUAGACAUGUCCCUGAGCCAAGCAGAGUCGCAUAAGCUCCCCAUUGACAAGACUCUGGUCUCAGAAUUCAAGCAGAUGAAAUUAGAAAAGGAAGCACAGAAAAACUGGGACUUAUUCUAUAAAAGAAACACUACUAAUUUCUUCAAGGACAGACAUUGGACUACGCGGGAGUUUGAAGAACUGAAGUCGUGCAGACAGUUUGAGUCUCAAAGGCUGGUGCUGUUGGAGGCUGGUUGUGGCGUAGGAAACUGCAUUUUUCCUCUGCUGGAAGAGGAUCGCAACAUCUUUAUAUACGCCUGUGACUUCUCACAGAGAGCUGUGGACUUUGUCAAGCAACACCCCCUGUACUGCCCCGAGCGCUGCAAGGCCUUCCGGUGUGACCUCACCCAAGAUGACCUACGGGGCGAAGUGCCGCCAGCCAGUGUGGAUGUGGUCACCCUCAUCUUCGUCCUUUCGGCCAUCCACCCCGAAAAGAUGGUGCGGUCCCUGGAGAACAUUUUCCGGGUGUUGAAGCCAGGAGGCUGUGUGUUGUUCAGGGACUACGGACUCAACGACCACGCCAUGCAGAGGUUCAAAGCCGCCAACAAGCUGGGGCAGAACUUCUAUGUCCGGCAAGACGGCACCAGGUCCUUCUUCUUCUCCAAAGAGCUCCUUGCUGAACUGUUUGAAGGGAGGGGCUUCCGCUCUGUGGCCAAUGACUACGUCUUCAGAGAGACCGUGAACAAGAAGGAAGGCCUCUGUGUGCAGAGGGUUUUCCUACAGAGUAAAUUUACCAAGACACACCAAACAGAGACUUCGCCCUGAAGAACCAAACCCAACCCUGUUCACACAAGGAUUAUGUUUUUCACCAUUAGCUAAUAGGUUGAGAAUCUAUGAUGGAUGGAAGCCUUCCCUCACCAACUGAAAACUGUUAAACGGCCAAUACCAUGUUGCAAAGGAUCUAUGAUUCCACUCUGACUUGAGGAUGACUAUCUGAUUCUACACACGUUUUAUAUGUUUAACGAUUUUUUUAAUUAAAGGAAAAAAACAACAA